GCAUUAUUUGAGCACCUAACUACUGCUUAGGCUCCACGCUUAUUCCUUCGCUGCGAAAAAAACGAUGUCGUACCUGCUUCCUCACCUCCACUCCGGCUGGGCCGUCGAUCAAGCCAUCCUCGCCGAAGAAGAGCGGCUCGUAAUCAUCCGUUUCGGCCAUGACUGGGAUGAAACUUGCAUGCAGAUGGAUGAAGUGUUGGCAUCAGUGGCUGAAACAAUUAAGAACUUUGCGGUGAUAUACUUGGUGGAUAUUACUGAAGUUCCUGACUUCAAUACAAUGUACGAGCUGUAUGACCCAUCCACCGUAAUGUUUUUCUUCAGAAACAAGCAUAUCAUGAUUGAUCUUGGAACUGGAAACAACAACAAGAUCAACUGGGCGAUGAAGGAUAAGCAAGAGUUUAUCGACAUUGUGGAGACUGUUUACCGUGGAGCAAGGAAAGGCCGUGGUCUGGUUAUUGCUCCUAAGGAUUACUCAACCAAGUAUCGAUAUUAGAUACCUUGUUAUGUAUUUCCUAUGGUCGAACACAUAUGUGCUCCUAUUUUAUUCAUGUAACACUGAUUCUUGGCACAAAUGUAUCUGAAUGGAUUUUAAUCCAACUGCUAAAAAUUUGAAACUCAGUUAUUAAUUUUGAUGUUACGUAUCCAAGCAGUAACCUGUAAUUUGGCCUCCAUUGAUUUCUGUUUUCUUUUCUUUCUCCCCAAUGUUUAAAUUUAUCCUUGUCUUUUGAAGCAGUUUAAUGUUCGUUUUUGUCAUACAUCUUUGGAUUAGCGUAAGUAAUCUUCCCAGCCUUUAACUUUGCAGUUGUUUCAUUUAAAGAGUUUUAGCCUCUUUAGAUGAGUAAUUUCUCAUGCAAAACUAUAUAUCCUUGCUGUAGUAGGCAUAUAGCUUUGGUGUUUUAGUUUGCUUUAUAUUCUGUAGGAUAUGGACAUAGUGAAAUUAUGCUAUUCUGGCAUCAGUCAGUUAUUGCACUUCGGGCGGAAUGCCUUUAUG